AUGUCCGAAGUUACUCAAGACACUUCUACCACACUAACAGACAUCAACCAUAUACGCGACUGGCUCAAAGAACCCCUCCUAGAAUUCAACUACAACAACUUCGACCGCCAAAUCGCAGUCCACGAGUACCUCAACAUCACCACUACCAACCCUGACGAUCCCGCCCGCUGGCUCGAAUCCAGCAGCAUCGACACCGUCCUCGCCUUACUAACCCUCAAAUACUACCGCAACGAUGUUUACGUCUUACCAAUGUCCCAUGGCGGUUUGCUAUACGACAUCGGCGGUCAAGACGCCGAGUACGUGUUCGACGAGGACGAUGACGAGGACAAUGACGAGGACCCACUGAAACCCGUGCGGGACAGAAUGCACAGGUGGAUCAUUAUAUCCGUCAGCGAACAGACAUUGCAGAAAGAAGAGUUUCUGGAUCUAUCCAGAGCGAUGGGCCAGGCGCAGGACAAGAACGGAAGCAGAGGCAAUGAUGCAGCAUCCAAGGAUAUGAUGGCAAGUGGCGGCCACUGCGGUCUCCUCAUCAUCGACAAGCGCAAGAAGACUGCGCGCUGGGUAGAGGGCAAUCUCACUCUUGCGCCCAGCAAGAACAAACCCGGUAGAAUGAAAAUCAACCACAUGCUUGUACCCGGUGCCAUGGCUGCAACCAUGGUCCGCGGUGUCGAGCGCGUCUUGGGACUCGAGCAUGGCGCCUUCCAUACCAAGACCAUCAAAUACGUUCCUAAUCAAUCAGAGCAUAAUGCGUUCAAGGGCGAUGGAGGCGCAAGUUGCGGACCGUAUCUCAUUGCGUUUAUGGAGUACGUACUGAGUAACGAGGGACGCCUUGCGGAUUUCGAUACUGUUUUCAAAGUGGAGAGUUGGAAGAGGAAUUGCGAGGGUAUGGCGUUUGAUUCGUUGAAGACAAGGGUGGGUAUGCAGGAGAUUAUUCAGAAGAAGAGUGAGAAGUUAAGGAAGGAGGAGGAGAUGCCGUUGAAGAUGUCGAAGGAGGUGUAUGGGAUUUUGAAGCCCAAGGUUCUUGGGACGCUGGUGGCCGCGAGGUGGAGGGAGUGGGAGGGGAAGAGGGAUAAGGUUGAUUUUGAUGAUUAUAAGUUUGGGGGUGGGAAGAGGAGGAGGGGACGGGGGCGGAGGAGCGGUAGUGGUAGUGGCGGUAAUGGUGGAAGUGGAGGAGGGGGCUCUACUGGUAGUGAUGGUGGACGAGGAGGAAAUGGAGGGGGAAGGAAUUCUAGUGAAGGUGAUGAUAGAAAUGACAGCGACAGAGGAGGCAGGAACGAGGGAGGAGGCAUCGGUGACAAUGAAGCAGAAGAAGAAGCACGCGUCCUCGACCUCAUCGAAACAGACGAAGAAGACAUUGAUGACGAUUUCUUCGACCCCGAAAACCCCGACGUGGACCCAGUAUCCAAAAAGCAUCUCCGUGACGAAAUCCGCUCUCAACUCGAGAACUACAUUGGCAUACCAACAAAAGACGGCGCCUACCUCCGCGCCUUCGAAAUCCAGAAAGAAGCCGCAAAACUAAUCGAAUUCAACAACUCCACUAGAGCCGCCCCUGAACCUUCCCCCGGACCCGCUCCCAGACGCACUUGCAGACCCGCUCCCAGAACCUCUCCUAGAACCGCUCCUAGAACCACCCCGAAUCCCGCCCCUGCCCACCCUACACGCAUAUCAGUACUCCAAUACCCAGAGGGCAUAACCACCGCACCCCUCGACUUCGCCUCCACAUCCGAAGUCCCCUCAGAAACCCUCCUUCUAUGGCGCCGCGCAAACAUCGAACGCAUCAACGCCUGCCAACUCGGUAGCAAAGCCACCGAAGACGGUAUAUCCGUACGCGCAAUUCUGCAAAUGCUGUCAGGCGUAGAAUUUGAAAACGAGUCGGCUGAGCGGUUGAAGGAGAUUUGGAUCCAUGAUCCAGAAGUGUUUAAUAGGAAGGAUUGGUAUGAAAAUCUGCUACCGGGGAUUAUUGCGUGGAGGAUGAAGGAUAGGUAUGAGAUUUUUGAUAUGGAGAAGAUGCCGGUUAUGCAGGGGGUGAAGAGGGGAAUUGAGGAGGCGAGUGGGAAUGGGGAUGAUGGUGGAGAUGGGGAUGUAGGGGGUGGUGUUGGGAAGAAGGCUAAGAAGUAG